AUGACCGGCAAGUUGCCUCGAAAGCAACUCAUGGGAACGAGAAUGGGUAAGGCAAAGAGGAACCAUCCAAUUGAGAAUAGGAAAAAAAAGGUCUAUCGAGUCCAUUCCAAGAGAAGACCUAGGCGUAGAGCAUGUGGUAAUAAGUUUCAUAGCCAUCAAAAUGAUCAAGAUACUGGUAUUGACUAUAUUUCUUUUUCUUUUUUUUUGGUGCGAGCUUUGAUGGAUACAAACCGCUACCAAAGAUAUGGAGAUCUUCUAAUUCCAAGAUUGCCUUUCGCUCGAAUGGUUAGAGAAAUAAUGGCAAGUUUGGGACAUGGUGACUAUCGUAUUGAAAAGCUUGCCUUGGAUGCUCUUCAAGAAUUAGCAGAAGAUAUCAUCGUGCAAGAAUUAACUGUGGCAAAUGUAUGCGCAAUUCACGGAAAGCGGGUCACACUUCAGGCAAAAGAUCUUCAGUUGGGAACCAGACGACCGCUCCAUAAAGCGCCGACUAUUGAAAGUUUAAGAUCCAUCAUGACUGGAGAAGCGUGGGCUGGACCUUACCAUAAACCAGAAAAAUAA